AAUAAAGUAUCCGUAGUGCACUUCAGUGAAUAGUCCCACUUUGCAAACAAGUUGUUUUAACCAUUUCCUGUGUGGUGCAAUACAAACAUGAAACAGUCACCCGGAAACAUCCACUUUGCUAGUUCCGUGCGCGCGCGGCCGACGAAACGUCACGCGGGGGAUAUUCCAAGGAGGCGUGGCCUGGGGUAGCCCCAUUCAUUCAAUUUUUUUUUUUACAUUCGGUGACCAGGGAACUUUAUUAGUCAUGGGAAUAUUCUAUCAAGGGAAAUCUACUGGCCCUACCAAGGGAAUAAAAGCCGAAGCACGAUGAGUUUAUUUGUCAUUGUGGAAUUUGGAGUAAGUGAUUGAAGUUGUUCUUUAACCUAAGCGGUAGCAGAAAGUUGAGAGGACCAAUUUUAAAAAGAGUCACACAGACUGCAAAGUUUAUAAGCACUUGCCGAAGGAAAGAAUUCUUGCCUUUUUUUCAAGUGUUUACCUAAGGGGUAACUGGUAGCAGGUUUUGUUGAGUGGAGUUAGGUAUCAGUUUUCGUGGAGUGAAAAUGAAGACUGUUUCGAGACAGACGUUGUCAGUGGUGGCUCUUCUGAGCUGUGUGGCUGUAGCAAGUGUCCUGGCCGAUUGUGUCAGGGAUUCAACCAGGAGCGUGGAGGAACGGACACGGAGGGUCCCGAUCGUGGUCAAGGGGGUCGUGGUUGCCCGUGGCCAGACGGGCCAGCCUCGGACUUUCACCAUCCGCGUUGGCAAGGUGCUGAAGGGGGGCAACGAGUCCGUGGCCAGCGCGCACAUCGAGAUCGUAGUGGAGGACGGUCAGUUCAACGAGACUUUCAGCCUCACCACCGCUGGAUUGACCAGUAACAGGACAGGUACCGAAAGGACGAUCCUUGCAGGCGAUGUGGGGGGCACAGAGGGGACACCUACCGGUGGUGGGUUGGCCAGCACUGCGCCAGAAAGGAACAUCGGUCCUUGUCUGGAGGGACUAAGCCUGCUGAGCCGGUCAAUCUUCUUCUUGAUGCCUAUGGAUGAGGAGGGCACGGUCUUUGAGGUUGUUGAGGAUGCGGUGCCUCAGAGCAGAGAGAACCUCCGGAGGAUCCGCCAGACGGUCAAGGAGGAGGAAAGCAAUGCUAACGAAACUCUACCAGACGAUGACCACAUGGGUUCGUGCACAGAUGCGGUCUACGACAACCACUACUGCCUAAAUGGCGGCACUUGCAGAGUCUGGAUCAAUCUGGACAAGUACUUCUGCAUAUGUCAUUAUCCUUACUACGGUGAAAGAUGCGACGCGAUUGAUCCGGGUGCCUCGACGGACGGUAAACCAACGGUCAUCAAUGACACGACUCUAGCCAUCGCCGUUAUUAUGUCCACCUUGCUCGUUCUUACCGUUAUCUGUGUCAUAGCCUUCAUCAAAUACAAGAACAACCUGUGGCGUGAACGAAAGCGAGAGGUCGAGAAGACCGUUAAAUAUCUGCAGGAGCGCUACCCCUCCACACCGUCACGGAGAAACAGUCCGGUGCAAGGAAUCCCAAGAUUAAACAACAACUCGUCAAACGCUGUCGAUGUGGGCGCUUCGCAUGUGAUCGUCUUCCAAGACGCCGACGGCAAGCACUCAAGACAAGGAUCGCUCAGUUCCAACCAGUACCGGCUCCUGACGGAGGCCACGCCCAACCAGCCCUUGCCUCACAGAGGGAGCGCAGAUUUCACGGACCGGAUGUCGCAUUGGGAAUAUUAAGCACUUUGUUUUAUUUUUCAUUUCGUUCUGUACAUAGGUUUUUAAGUUAUUUCUGUUGGGCACAGAUGAAUAGCUGUCGGUCGCGGAUAGGCAACUUUGUGGACGUUGAGGGCGCUGUAAUUUGUAACGACGCCAUUUUGGGCGCAUCAACGGAAGUGAAUGCGUUAUAGUCUUUCUCUAUACAACAAAUUCAAUAUUGAUUGAAUUCUGAUUAAACUAUUCAGUUUGGUGUCGAUUCCCAAUUUAAACAAUUGUCACCGUUAGGCAGCGCUCCUUUCUGUCCAGAAAAAUGGAUUUGUAUGGAUUUUCGGUGGUUUGAAAUGAUCCAGUUUAGCCAAUAAAGCUUCUGCCAUGCUUAUACGUAAGAUUUGUACUAUAAAUAAGUACUAGAGGUGAAAAAAAAAAGAACGUGUUGAUUUCUUUUUGUAGCAUCCAUUACAAUAGUUGUUGGAAAAUUAUGUCUAUAAUUAAUUUGUAUCUAAAGAACCGUCGGACAAGGUUUUGCGAGUUUCGAUUUGACUGACUGCCGAACCUUUUUCAUGAACGAAACGUUGCUAAGAAUUGCAACAGUCGAUAAUUGUGCUGGUAGUGUAUAGAGAAGUAAACAUUAAAUGUUAGUGCAAACGCUUUAUCAGAUUACAGUUUAUGAUAGGACGGUUUCUGAUUUUAUUUCUCAACAUGUUAUCAUUUCGGUGAUGAAGUUUAUCAGAUUGUAUCAUCUGCUGGUAUGGUUAUUAGGGUCAAAUUUGCUAAAAAUGUCGUGUAAGGGCUCCAAUGGUAUAGCCGCUUGAAGGGACUUGACAACAGUUAGGUCCGGUUUCAAGUUUUAUAUUCCACUAAUGAUUUACGGGGCUAUAAUAAGGAUUUAGAUAACGCGGAACCCUUUUAAGGUUAAAGGACGUUAGACGUAUUUCGAGCAUGCAGUUAUGUCACCGGUACUUCAAUUCUUCGACAUGACGACUCCAUUCUGAAGACACAUGCAUAACAGGGACCAAUCCAUGAUCUUGGAAAAAAAGGUAUGAAAAGACGAACCUGCUGAUUGGUGGAACAGUUCGUGAACCCUUACGCCUUAGCAUUCCUGUUGGCCAAUCACAUUGAGUUGACCUACUGUGUUCGUUCUUAUUGGUGCCAAAAGCUUAAUGUAUUCACCGUCAUUCGAUUAAUACACUGAUGUAUGCAGUAUUCAUUUUAUGCAAGUUGGAUAAAACUAGACAACUUGCAUUAAAUUAGGACUUGGGUUUUGAGUCGAGUGGGUUCCCCUCGAAUAAACUGAGUUGGUUUUCCUCCCAACAUAAGUGGAAUUUUUCCCCAUUUCGAAGAUUUUUUUUUUUACAGCUUCCAAGUUUUGUCUUGCUAAAUAUACCGCUGCUUAUUAAUUAACUUUUGUACGAUAUUAUAAUAAUAUAGUGUUUGCGUAAAUCUAUAGAGAAAAAAACACGAAAAAAGGGCAGUUAAUGUUUUUCAACAAAUGUUUGAAAAUAGGUCAGUGUCAUUUUAGCAUAUGCUGUACAAGUAAAAAAAAACACCUUUAUUUAUUGUAAAAAGUAUUGUACAUUGUAUCGCCUAAGGCAAACCGAAACACAUUAUAAAUGUGCAUUGAAAUUUCAGAUUAAACUUUAAACAUGUAGGCAAGUAAUUACGUUAAUUGUUUUUGAGAUGUGUUACUCAACUGUUAUCUUGAUAUCAGAGGAAUAACAUGUAUUUUAUGCAUGCUAGUAUCAAUAUCACAUUUCAUACAUUUCUUUGAUAUAGCUUGCCAUAUUGACGUGUUCUUGAAGGACAUUCUAUUGGAUUUUUUGGAUAAAAGGGGGCUGUGUGUGAUUUGUUUGAGGUUCGAAUAAAGUAUAGGCCUGUGGACAGUCGUUCAAGGAAAACUGAAA